UACAUCCGAAUCUUCGGUAUAAUUUCCUUGGUGUGGGAGCGAACAGCCGGGACCUACUGUAAUAACAAAGUAUUCAAUAGGCUGACAAAUCAUCCUCUCUGCUGUUUAUCAACAAUUAUACGAUGGAUGGCGUCGCUAAUAUUGGCAUGGCCUAUUUUUAUACAAAUGGACAUCACCUAUAUUUUGGUGAAUGAAGAGAUUAUGGUGUCGAUUCCUGAACAGAAUAUAAGGCUUGAUGUCCCUCUCGCGGCUAUCGUCAUCGGUACAAGUGCAGUGAUUUGUACAGCAUGCUUCAUACUCAUACUAUUGCGAAUCAUUGCAACCCCAGAAAUAGUU